GUUCCAGAAGAAAUAUAUUAAAAAGGAAAAAAAGGCGAAGUGAAACUGAAACACGACACGAAUUGUGUUAAAAGAAACAAAAAGAAAGAGUUUUGAAAGAGAGGAAAGUAAAAGAUCUUUCUUCUGUGAGUUGGGUUUGUUAGAUUUUAUCCUCUUUUUUGUCUGAAUCGAUGGCGGGGAAGGAAGAAGAAGAACAACAAAAACAGCAAAAAUCAUCCACCGGAGUAGCUUCACGGCCGACGAUUUCACUUCCGCCUCGACCGUUUGGAGAAAUGUUUUAUAGCGGUGGCGUUGGAUUUAGUGGAUUCAGUCCUGGUCCCAUGACUCUCGUCUCCAAUAUGUUCUCUGAUCCUAAUGAAUUCAAAUCCUUCUCUCAGCUCCUCGCCGGAGCUAUGGCUUCUCCGGCUGCCGCUGCUGCUGUCGGAGCUGGUGCUCAUCAGACACCUGUGAGCUCUGUCGGCGGUGGCGGUGAUAGUCUUCUUGACCCGAGGUUCAAGCAAAACAGACCAACGGGAUUGAUGACUACACAGCCACCGGCGAUGUUCCAGGUGCCUCCGGGCUUAAGCCCGGCGACUCUUCUGGAUUCUCCAAGCUUCUUUGGUCUUUUUUCACCCAUUCAGGGAUCAUUUGGUAUGAUGACACACCAACAAGCUUUAGCACAAGUCACUGCACAAGCAGUUCAAGGCAAUAAUAGUGCGCAGAUUCAGUCAGAAUCAUCUACCCAACAACAGCAAACUUCAAUGACCGAGGUUCCAUCGUUACCAGCGCCUGCUCAGAGAGAUGACUCUGAAGUAUCCGUCUAUGAGCAUCGGCCGCAGCCUCAGCAUGCUGAUAAACCAGCUGACGAUGGAUACAACUGGCGGAAAUACGGGCAGAAGCAAGUCAAAGGUAGCGAUUUUCCUCGGAGUUAUUACAAGUGUACGAAUCCCGCGUGCCCUGUCAAGAAGAAAGUCGAGAGGUCGGUCGAUGGACAAGUAACGGAGAUCAUUUACAAGGGUCAGCACAGUCACGAGCCUCCACAAAACAGUAAGCGCGGCAGGGACAUUAACGGGAGUUGUAACAGUCUCAACAAGAGUAAGAGAGACCAGGAGACAAGUCAGGUGACAACGACAGAGCAGAUAUCUGAAGCAAGUGAUAGCGAGGAAGUCGGUAAUGUAGAGACUAGUUUGGGAGGAACACACGAGGAGGACGAGCCUGAUCCCAAGAGAAGAAACACAGAAGUUCGGGUUUCGGAACCAGUUUCUUCAACCAAUAGGACCGUGACAGAGCCUAGAAUUAUAGUCCAAACGAGGAGUGAAGUUGAUCUCUUAGAUGAUGGGUAUAGAUGGCGCAAGUAUGGUCAGAAAGUAGUCAAAGGGAAUCCUUAUCCAAGGAGCUACUAUAAGUGUACAACAGCGGGAUGCGGAGUAAGGAAACAUGUAGAAAGAGCAGCUAAUGACCCGAAAGCCGUUGUAACAACAUAUGAAGGGAAACAUAACCACGACGUUCCAGCUGGUAGAACCAGCAGCCAUCAGUUAAGACCGAACAACAAUCCCUCGACGGUUAACUUGAACCAACAACAGACCGUUGCGCGUUUAAGGCUCAAAGAAGAGCAAAUCACUUGAGAAAAGAAGAAUACUUUUAUUUUGGUUAAUGAACUUGUUUCACAUUACCACAUGUUUCAACAAAAGAAACUUUCAUAAUAGGUUACAUUUUGUGAAGUAAGUUUCUUCUUGUUAUAACUAUGUUUGUAAGUUCAUGGAAGAUGAAUAAAUCUUUACCAAAAAAAUUCAAUCACCACACGUUUACAUCAUUCA